UUUUACAAUGGGCAAAGUGUAAAUACGUAUACAUCAAUAACUGAUUACCUGUAUAAAUUUCCAGGCGCUGCUGGCUGGUCGCGUCCUGCACGGCAUCGGCUUGGGUAUGAUGCAGCCGCUACGCUCCGUGGUGCUCGGCGAGUACACCACCCCUCGCAACCGCGGCGGCUUUCUCACCACCAUCUCCCUCGCCCAGGGCUUCGGCAUCCUCCUCGUCCACAUCGUCGGCACCUUCCUCUCCUUCCAACACACGGCUAUCAUCAGUCUAUCCUUCUCUGUUAUCAGUUUCCUCAUGACUAUCUACUCUCCGGAAUCACCGAGCUGGCUUGCGACGAAUGGGCAAUACGAUAAAUGCAGAGAAGUCUUCAUAUGGCUGAGAGGAGAACAAGAAAUUCCGGAGCUCGAAAAAAUGAUCGAAACUAGCAAGUAUUUACAGCGAACGAACGAACAAAGCAAAGGACUUAAAGAUAUUGUAGCAAUAGUGAAAAAGAAAGAAUUUAACAAACCUGUUCUUCUCAUGUUCGCAGUUUAUAUCAUGAUGAACUUCUCAGGACCCUUGCUCUUCGCUUCGUAUUCAACUGUGAUUUUGCAUUUAUUGAUGGGACCAGAUAUUGAUGGUCAUUUCUGGAUGGUGGCGUUUGAUAUCCAGAGGUUAAUCUUCAAUAUAGGCGCUGUUUAUGUGAUAAAUAAGACUGGAAGAAGGACGAUGAUGUUCGCUACGGGUGCUCUGUGCGCUGGCAGUCAUCUCGCUCAGGCUGGUUAUGUUUUUGCUAAAGCCAACAACUACCUUCCAUUUGACUCUCUGUGGAUCCCUGGGGUACUUGUGAGUCUUCAGGUUCUAUCUUUUGCAGUAGGCAUGAUUCCGCUGCCAAGCGUGAUAGCGGGGGAAGUGUAUCCCUUGCAAUACAGGAGUUUGGCGGGCAGCGUUAGUUUAGUAGCAUCAUCAGGAUCGAUAUUUCUGGUUCUUAAGACGUUCCCUGGUCUGAUAUCUGGAGUGGGCCUGCAAGGGGCCUAUCUUCUAUACACUGGGAUAAUCGCGGCGGGGCUGGUAGUGAUCUGGUUUCUACUGCCGGAAACGAGAGGUAGAACGCUGCAGCAGAUUGAGGAAUGCUUCAGAGGAGAGCCUUUCGAGUCUGAACUUGUCAAAGAAUUAGACCAUUUAAAUAGAACUGAAGAGAAAAAGAUGCUUGCCUGA